AUGCUGGAAGUGGCGCACAAGAACGACAUAGAACUGGAGGGGGCGUGCGAGGGCUCGCUGGCCUGUUCCACUUGCCACGUCAUCAUCAACGAUCAGGCGGUGUACGACGCGCUACCCGAGCCCGACGACGACGAGAACGACAUGCUCGACCUCGCGUUCGGGCUGACGGAGACGUCGCGGCUGGGGUGCCAGGUCAUUGCGGCCAAGGAACUCGACGGGAUGACGCUGUCGCUGCCCAAGGCGACGCGGAACUUCGCCGUCGACGGGUUCGUGCCGAAGCCGCACUGA